CGUUCUUUCUUCUUUUUUUCCCCAAACUCCAAGGCGUUCUUCAACUCCCUCCAAAGAUUAGUUGAGAUCUUUUUUUUCUCUUCCUGAUUUUCGUCGCAAAAACAAGAUCAAAUCAUCAGCAGAAUUUUGGAUUUCUAAGAAAAGAUGGUAUUAGUAGCAGCGGUGAGGGAGUAUAUCAAUCGCAUGUUGCAAGACAUUUCUGGGAUGAAAGUCCUCAUUCUUGAUUCUCACACGGUUAGUUUUGUUAGUGUUGUGUACUCUCAAUCAGAGCUCCUGAAGAAGGAGGUGUUCCUGGUGGAACUGGUAGAUUCUAUUUCAAUGUCCAAGGAAUCCAUGUCACAUCUUAAAGCAGUUUAUUUUCUAAGACCAAUAUCAGAGAAUAUUCAGCACAUGCGGCGUCAACUGGCUAAGCCAAGAUUUGGAGAGUAUCACCUUUUUUUCUCCAAUAUUUUGAAAGAUACUCAACUUCAUAUGUUAGCCGAUUCAGAUGAACAUGAAGUUGUCCAGCAGUUGCAGGAAUUUUAUGCAGAUUUUGUUGCGUUGGACCCUUACCAUUUCACGUUAAAUAUGGCCUCAAACCACAUGUAUAUGCUCCCGGCAGUUGUAGAUCCAUCAGCAUUGCAGCAAUUUUGUGAACGAGUUGUUGAUGGAAUUUCUGCAGUUUUCCUGGCGUUAAAGCGAAGGCCUAUUAUUCGAUAUUCACGGACAUCCGAUAUUGCGAAAAGAAUAGCACAUGAAGCUUCUAAGCUGAUGUACCAGCAAGAGAGUGGUCUUUUUGAUUUCAGGAGAACAGAAGUUUCUCCAUUGUUGCUAAUAAUUGAUAGGAGAGAUGACCCCGUGACUCCACUGCUUAAUCAGUGGACCUAUCAGGCAAUGGUUCAUGAGUUGAUAGGUAUUCAAGAUAACAAGGUCAACCUGAAAAACGUUGGCAAAUUGCCAAAAGAUCAACAGGAGGUUGUACUGUCAUCUGAGCAAGAUGCAUUUUUCAAAGCUAAUAUGUAUGACAACUUCGGAGAUAUUGGAAUGAAUAUUAAGAAAAUGGUGGAUGACUUCCAACAAGUGGCAAAGAGUAACCAAAAUAUCCAGACGAUAGAGGACAUGGCUAAAUUUGUCGACAACUACCCGGAAUACAGAAAAAUGCAAGGCAAUGUUUCUAAGCAUGUGACACUGGUUACGGAAAUGAGCAAGAUAGUUGAAGAGCGAAAACUCAUGUUGGUUUCACAGACAGAACAAGAAUUGGCUUGCAAUGGUGGACAAGGGGCAGCAUUCGAGGCUGUGACAAAUCUAUUGAAUAAUGAUAAUAUCUCUGAUAUUGACCGCCUGCGCCUCGUAAUGCUGUAUGCCUUGCGCUAUGAGAAGGAGAGUCCUGUUCAACUCAUGCAGCUAUUCAACAAAUUGGCAUCUCGGUCGCCCAAGUAUAAGCCUGGACUAGUGCAAUUCCUUCUAAAGCAAGCAGGAGUUGAUAAGAGAACUGGGGACCUGUAUGGGAACAGAGAUCUCCUGAACAUUGCACGUAACAUGGCUCGUGGUCUUAAGGGGGUUGAGAAUGUGUAUACCCAGCAUCAACCUCUUCUAUUCCAAACCAUGGAGAAUAUCACCAGGGGGAGGUUGAGAGAUGUGGACUAUCCUUAUGUAGGAAAUCACUUUCAACAAGCCAGGCCACAGGAGGUGGUGAUUUUCAUUGUUGGUGGGACAACAUAUGAAGAAUCACGUUCAGUUGCUCUGCAGAAUUCUACAAAUUCCGGGAUUCGUUUUAUACUCGGUGGUUCUGCCCUUCUAAAUUCUAAGAGAUUCUUGAAGGACCUUGAAGAAGCCCAGAGAAUCGCUCGUACAAGCACCAAUAUGGUUUGAAUUUUGGACUCUACAGUACCUUGUGAAAAUCUGAAAAUCUACAAUGACAGGUAAAGUCCAAGUUACGCUUACGGUCACUAUAAUAAGCAUACAACUUUUCAGCAGUGUGUUGAUGAUGACACUAGCUUUCGUGUUUAGUCUAAAGGGGGUGUUUGGUUCCGGCAGAAGUACAUAAAAGAGCUGCGCGUGCUGAUGAAAGUACCAUAAAUACAUUUUGUAAUCAUCUUCUUUCACAGCCUCCAUUUCCUGAGACGGUUUUGAGACCUGCUCAUCUGUCUUGCCACUUUUUAUCUUCUCUAGAUUUGUUGUGUACAUGUAAUAUCCUCAUAUUCCUGAGAUCCUUUUUAGUGUUGUAUUCUUGUAGGAUUUCUGGGAUUCUAUGAGAAUAAUAUUCUAGACUUAGAAUUAUUUGAGCAGCUUUCCUAACUUUUAUUUGAAAUCACACAAAGCUUUCCUGACGGUAGCUUAGUUGUUGUUGUUGUUGAAUGUUUCUUUGUC